GGGGGGGUUGUUGAGUAGCCUCCUACGGGCACUCUCACUUGAGUGCCUAUGGGCACUCUCAAAUCUGUUACAUCCUGUACUGUUCGGUCCCUGGCCAGACGCCCACUGGCCAACGAGCAGAGAGGCAGGAAGAGCUGUUCCAGACAGCCACAUUCUGGAGACAGUCCUUGUUCUGUUGUCCGGUUGUUUUCACUUGCAUCUCAGAAUUUGCUUUCUGGGAUCCCAGGAAGGGUCCUUAGAUUCCACCUCAAAUUUGGGCUCAUGCUACUGGUGGAAGUGGGGCAAACAAGAACCAACCGGCAGCAGUUCUGACCCGUUCCUCCCAAGCCAGAUCAGAAAGAGCUCAAAACUCUGCUGAGGAUCUUUGGGAAAAUAACUGAUUUUUUUGCUACACGGCCGGGCGCAGGAAAAAUCUCCUAACCCAGACAUAACUAGAUCGAAGGGCAGGAUGUGUCGCCUUGAAUUUUCUCGCCGAGGAGUCAAGAAAAACAGAAGUUUUCACUAGGGUUUCGCUGAAAAAAGCCCUCCGAGACAAGUCACUGCUGCUUAUUUUCCAGGGAAAGCAAUCAGGACUUCUAAAGGAAAUCAGGACCUGAAUGUUGAAAACACCUUCUGGGGUUCUUUUAGGAAUGCCUAACAUUGUGAACAGAGAUGUAAAUGAAAAAUAGUCGUAUUGAUUACAACAGAAACAAUACAGCGACUACUGCCUUCUCAGAUAAGAAUAAAAGUUCAUACAAAGCACUUCAGUUAAGUUUUCCACUAUAUUUGCUCUCCAGUUGAUCCAAUCAUUAUUAAUAAUCAUUAGAUCGUAAUAUCUUCAUUGAGAACUUUUUUUUUUUUACGAAAAAGGUUUUUUACGAAAACGAACACCUUUGUUUUUUUUAACGAAAGCUAGGAUGUUAUGGCGUUUCGGGGGAUAACGGAAUAAAAAAGGAAAUCGCAAUGAGAACGAGGACUAGCCGGACGGGCGGCGUCCGAGGUUCGCUCGGAAGGCCUCCCUUAGUUAGCAGCCUCCCUCCCUGUCGCGCCACCCCAGUCAAGGAAGUCAAGCAGCCUCUUUUCUCCCUCAGCCUUGGCAGCGCAAGCGAGCCUCCUCGCGAGGCCUCCUAGCAGCAGCAGGUCCUUCAGCCCCGCCGGCUCGUGAGCGCGAAAUGAUGCUGAGCCCAGACCAAGCAGUGGACUCGGACCACCCGUCGUCAGCGCCGUCCGACCCGGAGUCUCUGGAGGCCAAGGGGCUGCGGAGCUGCUGCGCCUCCGACUUGGAGGCGCCAAACGGCGAGAGCGCAGGAGGAGGUCGCUCAGCGGCCCAUCCGCCGCAGCCGCUGAGCCGUGAGGAGAAGCGGCGGCGCCGUCGAGCCACGGCCAAAUAUCGGUCGGCCCACGCCACGCGGGAGCGCAUCCGGGUGGAGGCUUUUAAUUUGGCCUUUGCCGAGCUGCGCAAGCUGCUGCCCACGCUUCCCCCGGACAAGAAGCUCUCCAAGAUCGAGAUCCUGCGUUUGGCCAUCUGCUACAUAUCCUAUCUCAACCAUGUCCUAGACGUGUAGGGCAGGCGCCCGGGGACCAGGACCCGUGGGGAAGGUCGACAGACAAGAUGGACAGGCCGCUGGGUCUCUCUGGAGCCGCCUCCGUUGGGGCUCGGCCUUGCAGGUGGCGCGCCUUCCCCAGGUCAAGCCGCCGGAGGCUCCCUUGUCUCUGAGGGAUGGACGGGCUCGGCUUGUCCCUUCCUUCACCUUCCCUCCCCGCUCAAAGGUUCCCCGCGAUAGGGUCCCCUUUCAGCAAAGUUUCGAGAACCCGGCGAAAGCUUGGCUGGAGAUCCCUUGGCUUUAAGCUCGUGCCUUAAAGUGCUUUCCUGACUCACGCCCGAAAAGAGAAACUUGAAAUGGAAGUUUUCCCUCCGGAGGUUUGGAUUGAGACUUGACUUGUCCCCGGGCCGCCCAAAACAGGAGCACAUCUUAUGUGGAAGGUGGGGUUCUUUUCUAAACAAACACAGUGAUAAAACAGACUGUCAAGUGCCCCUUUCUUUGUAUCCAAAAAUAAUAAAGAUCUCAUUUACUUGUGACCUUAAUGGUGACCUUAAUGUAUGAUACAGGAGUGCAGUUAAAAAUAAUUUAUUUUUUAAUUUAAGUAGCAAAAGUAGACUAUUUUUCCCCAAGACAAUUUUUUAGUUUUUGAGGGUGGUUAAGAUUUUGCGUUGAAGACUUUGUGCCAACUGGUUUUCUAUAGUCAAGUGUUUACAUUUUCUUCUGUGGAAUAAAUGUCUGAUUCUGGAAGUGUUCAUUGGAAACCAGAUUGUGGGUUUUCAUUUUGCUCUGGUUUUAUUGCACCUAUGCCCUCUUUUUAAAUGUAUUUUAUAUAUUUGGAUUUAUCCUUGAUAACUUUAUUUAUUUUGUGUGUGUGGAAUCAAAAUACUAGCAGUUCACUUGAAGAUUUUAUUUUCAAAUAGAAAUUAAAAUGUUUGUUGUUAUUCUGAUCUGUAAUUCUGUCUAAAGAUGUAUUUUGGAAAUAACUGAUAAGGGAAUAGUUUUGUUUGUCUUUGUGUGUGUGUGUACUACAAAUUUUCUUUUCCAUAUUAAGGAAAAACAGGAGUACUUUCUUUUAUGACAACCAAAAAAUUUGCAAGCAGAAAAUGUUAUAUGCUGUUUUGCUGUGAAACUCUUAAAAAGUAUGUCUGGGUCACGGGAGAGAACAUAUCUGUUAUCCAAAGAUUUUAGUCUUUUUCAGGGUUUUUUGAUGUGUGUGUAUGUAUGUGUGCGUCUGCACGUAUGUAUGUUGCUUUGUAUAAGGCAAUAUUUUGUAGUGCAAAUAGAGAAAUUGAUUUUUAUCCGAACUUUUUUUCAUAUCUCUCAUGAAUGGUAUACUGUUUUGCAUAUAAAUAAAGGUAUCCAAUAAA